ACUUAUAUGGUACAAAAAAAGGCCUUAUACAGAACAUUGUGUUAAAACAGACAUCACAACGUAAUUCGUCAUUCAAAAUCCUUUAAUUUGAUGGGUCAUACAUUGAUUUCUGAUUAUCCGUUCCAAAGAUACAAAUAUUUGUACAAAAUUAUGAAAAAUCGAAUAAUUUGAAAUAUUUACAAAAAUAUUUUAAGUUGUUUGUUAACAUGCCGGGUGUGUAUGGUUGAUAAGAAAAGAGUGCAGACGUUAUUUUUGUUAAUAUUAACCUCCAAAGAUAUGACAAGCCACAAUGCUAAAAGUCCGGAUGUAGUCGGAUGAGAACAUGUAACCGCAGUUGUUAUUUGUGUAAAUGUUAUCACAUAUUUUUAAAACUAUAAGGUCUUGUUUUUGCAAAACACAUUCAAACAUUUGAUCACGUUCAUGCUGUGUGAAUUUCGCCUAUAAAUACUGAAACAGACGAGCAUAUACCACAGUCGACAUCUGACAGUUUCUACAGUAUAGUUGCAGUGUUCAGUGGAAAAUAUUCAAUUAAGAUAUUCCUAGCGUUCAGACGUGUGCUCUGGUGAGUUUUAUAUAGUUCAGAAGUGUGCUUUGGUGAGUGAUAUAUUUUAAAAAAUUUUUGAUUUUUUGAAAAUUUGUGGUUUUUAUCACAAUUUGUAGUUUUUUUUUUCUGAAAAUUUAUUUUUGAGUUUUUUUGUUAAUUCUCUAGUUUUACGAAAAUUUUACAUUUUAAUUUAGCUUUGAAUUUGCUUAAAAUGUCUUUAAUUGCUGAUUUAAUUGUUAAAAUCGCAUCCAUCUUGGGAUUAAUCCCAAACAAUUAUAAUGAUGAAAAGAUACGAGAAGGCCUCAUGAAAUGUAAUAAGGCAAUCAAAAAUAUCAGGGACUCUAUGAGAUAUGCUAAGACAAUGGGGGAGAAACAGCAUUUGGAAGCCCAGAUGCGGCAAGUGAAAACGCUACGAAAUCAGUUAAAGGUCGAACAAAAGAAGGGGGCGGGACUGACACCUACAAAGGAGACUGCAAAGCAUAGGGUACAAUGGGAUGACUCUUUAUCUGCGUUCAACUCACGAAUUCGGACUGGGGUCAUCUCAAACCUUAAACACAAGGACCCUGGCAGUUUUCUAGUGGAUUGCAAAGCCCUGUUCAAGCGGCGAAUUCAGAACGCACUAAAGAAAGAGGCGGCCGUUAAGGUGAAUAUAGCAUUUGGUGGAGAAUUCGAGAUUGCUCAAGGCGAUAAGAUGAUCAAUGAAACGAAGUACUUUACUACUUCAAACUCAGCCAUAUAUCGGGACACGAAUCUUGAUGAAUGGUUCGAGAAAAAAGUAGUGGAGCCCAUCAGCCGAGACUUGGAAGAAUUCCAAGAACGUGAUUCCGGAUGGGCUCUAAAGGCAGUUGUUAACCUGGGGGUGAAUAUAAACAAAUUUACACCGCAACUUGGCUCCUCCUACAUUGAACUUCCUCCUCAGAUUAAGAGAAAAAAAGCAUGCGUAAAUGUCAAAAAUGAUGAUGAGGCAUGCUUUGCAUGGGCAAUUGUAUCGGCGUUAUAUCCUGCUACCAAAGAUGCUCAAAGAGUUUUCAAAUAUCCACACUAUUCUGAUGUAUUGAAAUUAAAAGGUAUUCAGUUUCCAAUGACCAUCAAACAAAUUCCUAACUUUGAAAAACAAAACAAUAUAUCCAUUAACGCAUAUAAUUUGAAAAAGGAGAAGAAGAACUAUACGACCCUCCCAAUCUUGCUAACAAAGAACAGAAAGGAUAAACAUAUAAAUCUUCUUCUGAUUCAAGAUAAUUAUGACGAGCCGCCUACUCAGUACCAUUACGUUUGGAUUAAAAAUUUAUCCCGCCUCCUUUCCAAGCAGCUUAGCACCGAAGAUGGAACAAAAUAUUUCUGUGAUGCCUGCCUGCAUUACUUUCGAUCACAGGAACAGUUAAAUGCUCAUAAGACAUGCUGCAAAGGUCGAUCAGAUGUUAUCUGUGAUAGGUGCUUACAACCGUUUUCAUCAUCAAAACAGCUUGAAGCGCACACCACCGAUUGCGUAAGAAUUAAUGAAACAGCCAUCAAACUGCCAGACGAGAGUAGAAAAAUGCUAAGAUUUAAGAAUUAUAGGAAUAAGAUUAAAGCCCCCUUCGCCGUAUAUGCAGAUCUCGAAAGUGCAUUGAAACGUACGGGAGAUCCUAAGAAGUAUCAGGAACAUAUUCCUGUAGCAGUUGGGUAUUUCUUCAAAUGCUCAUAUGAUGAUACUCUCUCUUUUUAUAACUCUUAUCGAGGAAAGGACUGCAUGAAAUGGUUUGCAGAUGAACUUAAUCAGCUUGCUGAGAAUGUAUCUACAGUGUUUAUGUGCCCCUAUGAUAUAAAUAUGACAUCUCAGCAGGAAAGAGAUUUUCAUGCUGCCACUCAUUGUCAUAUCUGCGAGCAGCGCUUCUCCCCCAGUGAUAAGAAAGUCCGAGACCACGAUCACAUGAUUCCUGAACAUAACUACAGAGGGGCGGCCCACGAAGGGUGUAACAUUAAUUACAAAGAUGCUCACACUAUCCCAGUGAUAUUUCAUAACCUUAGCGGGUAUGACGCGCACUUCAUUGUUAACGAUAUUGCUACGCAUAUCAAAGGUCCAGUAGAUCUUCUUCCUAUUACUAAGGAGAAAUAUAUCUCUUUUACGAAACAUAUCGAUCAUGCUCGAAUUAAAUUCCGUUUUAUCGAUAGUUUUCGAUUUAUGGCUUCUUCUCUCGAUAAGCUCUCUUCGUAUUUGACAGAAUAUCCUAAUCUCAACUCUCAAUUUUUAUCACUAUCUGAGGAGAAUUUCAAUCUUCUAACUAAGAAAGGUAUUAUGCCAUAUGAUUAUAUCGAUUCAUUCCAAAAAUUCAAUGAAACAUGUCUACCGCCCCAGGAAGCAUUUUACAAUAAACUUGAGGAUAAACCAUGUCCUCGUCGGCAUUAUCGUAGAGCCCAAGAUGUCUGGUCUUCAUUCUCCUGCUCCAAUCUCGGGGAUUAUAUCGAUUUAUACAUGAAAACGGAUAUUCUCCUUCUUGCGGACGUCUUUGAGCAAUUUCGAUCCAGUUGUCUUAAAACAUAUAAUCUUGACCCAGCUCAUUACUUUACUCUUCCCGGCUUCACAUGGGAUGCAAUGCUUAAGCAUACAAAACAGGAACUGGAGCUUUUAACAGAUCCAGAUAUGUUUUUGUUUGUGGAGCGUGGUAUUCGUGGUGGUUUGAGUCAAGUAUGCUCGAAACGUCGCGUCCACGCUAAUAACAAGUAUAUGGAAUCUUACGAUCCAUCAAAGCCCGACUCCUAUCUCAUGUAUUUCGACGUUAAUAAUCAAUAUGGCUGGGCAAUGUCGCAAUUCCUUCCGUAUGGAGGGUUCGAGUGGGUUGAUGCUAACAUCGAUGUUCUGUCCACACCUGACGAUGCUUCUGAAGGGUACUUCCUCGAGGUCGAUCUGGAGUACCCCCAACAUAUUCACGAUCGUCAUAAGGAUCUUCCGUUUUGCCCCCAAUCAUUGAACCCUAAAACUAUGCUUCCUCCUAAACGACCGCGAGAGCAAACCAAAUUAAUGGCUACCCUUCAUGAUAAAGAAAGAUACGUAAUUCAUUACAGAACUUUGAAGCAAGCGCUAGCACACGGAUUGGUGCUCAAAAAGAUUCACCGAGUCCUAAAAUUUAAGCAGAGUCCUUGGUUAAAAUCAUACAUUGACUUGAAUACAAAUCUCCGAAAGGCAGCGAAAAAUGAAUUUGAGAAAAAUCUCUUCAAGCUGAUGAACAACGCUGUGUUCGGCAAGACCAUGGAGAAUGUGCGCAAGCGCGUUGACAUUAAAUUGCUUACUGAAUGGGAGGGUCGUUACGGAGCAGAAGCUAGAAUAAGUAGUCCCCUAUUUAAGAAUGCUACUAUUUUUAAUGAAAACUUGGUAGCUGUCGAGAUGCAUAGAGCGGAAAUAUGGUUGGAUAAACCAAUAUACGUGGGCAUGAGUAUAUUGGAUUUGGCUAAAACCACGAUCUAUGAUUUUCACUAUGGGUAUUUAGAUAGAAGGUUUGGUGAGAACUUUACGACCUGCUAUACAGAUACCGAUUGUGAGAUCGUAGAGAUACGGGAAAAAGAUCCCUAUGAAGCUGUGAAAACAGACUGCCACAAGUAUUUCGAUACAUCUGACUAUCCUAAAGACAAUAUGUAUGGCAUCCCCCAGGUUAAUAAAAAAGUACUUGGACUGAUGAAGGAUGAGAAUAAUGGAUGCAUUAUGACAGACUACAUAGGGCUCAGAUCUAAAUUAUAUACAACAAAAGUAGCUAUCACAGAUAAUGAUAUAAUGAAACUGAGGGGAAAGUUAAUAGAUCAGGAGUAUGAGGACGAUGAGAUUGAAAUACUUAUUAAAAAUUAUGGUGUGACAAAGAAGGCGAAGGGGGUUAAAAAAUCUGUUGUAAAGACUAAAAUUACCUUCGAAGACUAUGUCGAGUGUUUGGAUACCUUUACAACUAAGACAGCCUCGCAGAAUCUUAUACGCUCUGAUAAACACCACGUAUAUACAAUUACACAAAGCAAGAUUGCUCUUAGUCCCACUGACGAUAAACGAUAUCACCUUCCGGAGUCUUAUGAUACGCUACCGUGGGGACACUAUCUAGUUGAUAAUCUUAAGAUGGAUGUUGAUUAGAUUUAACACAAAUCAGGAUUACAAUAAGCCAGCCAUAUUUUAUCAUUUAUCCUUGAUGAUCUGAUUGCCUUUAAGAUUGAUGUUGAUUGAAUAUAGUCAUUUUUUAAACUUUAUUACAACCACAAUAUACAUCUGAAUCAAACAAUUUUUUUAUUAUAUUCCUCUUAUCAUCCUUUAAUAUCACUCAUUAUUUUAAUGUCAUUAAAUAUUAUUUAGUUGAUUGAAUAUAGUCAUUUAUCAAACUUUAUUAUUACAGCUAACAUAAUGCUAUAUAUAUCUGAAGCAGGCCCUUUUAUUAUAUUCCUUUGCUCAGCCUUUCCUACAUUCAUCGUUUUUAUAUAAUAUGAUAAUUGUACUAGAUCAUAGUUAUGCAUCUCAAAAUUAAGUAAAAUUAUUAAGAU